CUAGUGAACUGAUGUCGUCGAUACGCUCGGACGGAUCCUCCCUUUAGCGCCACCAUGUAUUGUACCCAAAGCUGGGUGAUCGCAAGGGAUCGAUCCCAUUUUGUUUUUGUUUGUCUUCUGCUGCUGCUGCUGCUGCUGCCAAGAUCUCAACACCAAUGCGUGAACGGGCGUUUCUUCUGCAUAUGAGGCUUACUAUUCUACCGUUGUGGUAGGACGGGUGAGGAUCCCAUGGUGACGGGAAACCUCAAAUCCAGAUGCAUUGGUCCGUUUUGGGCAGGUUGAUCAUGCUUUUUUUCGUGCUUUGUGUUGUGCUACCUACCGUACUGAAAAAAGAACGCCCCCGGAAAGACGAUUCCGCCGUGACGGGACGACAGGUAGUUAUUGUAUUGUACCUAGGUCUAGGUAUGUUGCGGCAUUUCCCGCUGUUCCCUGAUGCUUGUCACAGGGAAUUCGAAAACGAUUAUGGCGUUUUUUGUAGACGUUGAACGAUCGUGUCACAUUUCAAGUCUGAUUUAUAGUAG